GGUGAAUCGUCUGACUCGCGAGCUCUCGAUGCUUCGGGCCGCCCACAAUGCGUCGGUCGUUUCAAACGCCUCGUCGACGUCGAAUGCUACUUCUUCCCACGACCCCAUUGUCGAAUCGUCGCUCUUAUCUGGCUCCGGAUUCUCGAUUCCUACCUCGCGUCGCCACCAUAGAACCUCCUCUUCUACAUCACAGACUUUCCCCAACUUUGCUUCGUCGUACGAAGCCCGAGCCCGAACAUCCCAUCCGGCAUCGCUUUCUCGACAGAAUAGCAGCGCUUCUCGCAGAAGCCAGACUGGAUCACCCGCGCCACCAAGUUCUAUAGAUCCCUCGACCUAUUUUCAUCAGCAGAGGAACCCUGCCGCUGCUAGCUCCGUUAUGAUGAGCUCUGUGGUGGCUACUCCCGGUAGCUCCGUUCUGGGUGACCAGAUGAGCCCCGGCCUGAUGCCCGCGACUUUGCGGUACGAAGAGACAGCCUUUUAUCGACAGGAGCUAGAUAACGCAAAGAAGGAGAACGAGGCCCUCAAGAGACGUAUCCGAGAACUGGAGAGGCUCGUUCGCGAGAGGCGAUCGAGUGAUGCGAGCAGGAAUAGGAGCGACAGCGCGAGCACAACAGCAAGUGCAAGCGUUGCGCCGGGCGGCGGCGUUAGUAUCGCGGGCCCUCGAGAGAGCAUCUAUGGCCAUGGCCGAGACCGUGAGCGAGCAAGGCAGAGCACCACAAGCUUAGCUGGCGGAGUAAGCAUUGGAGUCCCUGACGAGGAGGUCAAGGUGGGCGAGAGCGCGGCAAGCGGACGACCAGGGAAUGACAACCAGGGGUAAUCAUCGACUAUAAACGACUAGAUUAUAUUUGCAAGACGGACGGGUAUACUAGGUAUGGAAGAUUCGGGCUCCGUUGGUACUGAGUGGGAGGUACUACUGGCGUUUUGGUGUUUAUUAGCGAGACUCUUGCGUUGACUCUCAAAAUUGGUUGAGCUUUUCCUUUUGUUUUCUCCUUUUCUCUUUUCCGCUCUACUCAAUGUUCUGCUUUUUCUAAGCUCUGGAUGCGGCAAAAAGACCGAUGGCCCUUAGCAAAUAGCUUCUUUUGGCCCCUUUGCCCUUUCUUUCACAGCACAGACAAGCUAAAAUAGUUUGAUGCCGAGUUAUGUCUCGGCUUCACCAUCAAGAAAUAAUGACUUAU